UAUAGAUGCCCUUAUAGGAAAAUAGUUAUACCUGGGCGUAUGUGCGCGCCACGGUACCGGUAUGUUGAAUGUCUGAUACGCGGGAGCUAUCUCAUGUAGUAUUUCUGGUGCGGCUUGUAGAUCGCUACACUAUAUUGCAUGCUAAGGCACAAUCUCCUGCUGCAUAGCGAGGCAAUAUGUACCAUGGCCAUCUGGACGAGCUGACGACUAAUAGGCGCAUCCUGCUGGUGCGCAAAAUAGUCGACGAGCUGCAGCAAAUCUUCGCGGGUAGCAAUGAGGAACUGCAAUGUCGGAUCGAGCAACUGGAGGAUGAGGUCUAUGCGUCGGCCAGCAACGUGGAGCAAUACUUCACCACUAUGGGCUCAAGAUCCACCACGCUGCGGGCAGAGCUCCUGCAGUCCACUGCGGUGACGGUCACAGGAGAAUGGGAGCCUAGACACGCCCCUGGAGCAGAGCUUAGCAUGAUGAGCCUGACCGCUGUUGAGGAGCAAGGAGAUGCCAGGAACGAGAUUCCCCAGCAGGACUUCACGCAACUUCAGAUUCAAACUCAGGCAGAUCAGGAGAACCAGGAUGAGGUCGAGCUUCAAGAGGAACGGUCGAGCUUCGAUUCAGGGCAGGGAUCCUGCUCCACGCCGUCAGGAAUGACCGCUGCUGGUUGCGGCUCCUCGCGGCAAUGCUGCUGUGAUGGCCACAUGUCUCCAAACGGAGCGCAACGCUGCGAGGGGCAUGACGACGAAGGACAGCAUCAGCGCGAGCCGUCGACGUACGAUAAGCACCUGCAACCGCCGCUGCAGUUACAAGAGCACGCCGUACUUCCGCAGUGCCUCUUCUUCGGUAGCGUCGUACAAUUUCAACAGACGCAAGUAUUGCUUGGAUUUGAAGGCGGAUUGCCACAGCAAACGCCGCUGUGCCAAGAUCGCCCCCAGCCAGAGCCCACGUGCCAGCUGCUAGGGCCUUCUCGGGCCCCUCGUGAGGUGUCCGGUUCAGCAGGACUCGACAGCACCAGGCUAGAGACAACAGAGGACGCUGCGGGUGGUGGCAGGGCAGGAGCCAGUGUGCAGGACGGCGGGGUGCAUGGUGGCAGC